AUGAGUCGACCAAAAGCUUCUGAAGAGGCAGCACCUGCCUACCAUGAACUAUUUGACACGGAAUCUAUCAAUCAACCGACAGCGACAUCCUCCAAGACGCAUCAAUACGCUGCUGUCCCCCAUAAUGACCUGGACGAAAAUGCAAACACCGCCUGCCGUCACGAUGUGGAGUCUCACCCUCAAGAGUCCUCACUUCCUCUUGCGCAUGUAGACCCUACAAAGCCACACUUCCACUGCGAGACGUGCGACCGCCAGCUCGAGUGCCGAGAGAGAAGGGGGAUGGUUGCACUGGUGUUUAUUGCGGCCUUUUUGACAUUGCUGGGGAUUGUGAUCGCUGCGCGAUUGGGAAAAUAA